GGGCUGACCCGGGGAGUUCUUGGCGGCGGUGCCGGCUCUUCGCCGUGUCGCACUCUCGGAGUCCCCUCAUCCCGUCCCGUCCAGUCCUGUCCUGUCCUGUCCCGUCCCGCCAUGGGCUCGACUCCGCCCGUGUUCAUCGGCGCCGAGGAGGUGGAGAAGCACCUGCAGCGCGCCAGCCUCCUGCUGCCGGCGCUGGAGGCCGCCCUGGCCAACUUCUCCGCGGGCGCGGCGGGCGGGGUGGUGCAGCCCGUGCGCACCGUGCUGCCCGUGCCCCGGCACGGCGGGUACCUCGGAGUCAUGCCCGCGUACAGUGCUGCGGACGAUGCGCUGACAACCAAGCUGGUGACUUUCUACGAGCACCUGAAGGACUCCUCUGUGCCUUCUCACCAAGCGACUGUCCUCCUGUUUGACCCCAGCAAUGGUACUUUGAAAGCUGUCCUGGAUGGAAGUGUCAUUACAGCAGAACGAACAGCUGCAGUUUCUGCCAUUGCUACCAAGUUGUUGAUGCCAGCUUUUGCAGAAGUGCUGUGCAUUUUGGGAGCUGGUGUUCAAGCAUACAGCCAUUAUGAUAUCUUCACAGAACUGUUCACAUUUAAAGAGGUCAGGAUAUGGAAUCGCACCAAGGAGAGGGCAGUGCAGUUUGCCAGCGCCGUCAGCGGCCCCGUGCGGGUGUGCGCCUCUGCCCAGGAGGCGGUGACAGGGGCUGAUGUGAUCGUGACAGUCACCAUGGCCACCACCCCCAUCCUCUUUGGGGACUGGGUGAAGCCAGGGGCCCACAUCAAUGCUGUUGGAGCAAGCAGACCAGACUGGAGAGAACUGGAUGAUGAGCUGAUGAAGAAUUCUGUCCUGUUUGUGGACUCCAGAGAUGCUGCUCUUACAGAAUCAGGAGAUGUUAUUUUAUCAGGGGCGGAGAUUUUUGCUGAGCUGGGGGAGGUAUUGAAGGGUACAAAACCAGCCCUGCCUGAGAAAACAACAGUGUUUAAAUCAUUGGGGAUGGCAGUUGAAGACACAGUAGCAGCAAAAUUUGUUUACGAUGCUUGGUCAGCUGGUAACUAAAGAGAGAAGUCUACAAUGCCAAUGAGGCCAAGAAAAUCGUUUGCACUUAGCUUCCUUGAAUCCUGUGUUAACAAGAAAGGCACCAGUCCUAUCUGAAUGUGGCCCUUCUAGAACAUUCAAGAAGGAAAAGUAAAAUUUUAGCAAUAGUCUAACUUCUAAGGUGUUCUAAUUUCAAGUAUUAGAUACUUGCAGUAUUGCUAAUAAAUGUCUCUCUUUUGUAACAGCAAAUAUUAGAUGUUUGCAGUGAUACUAACAAGAGAAUCUUUACAUAUUUUGAUGUCAUUCUGGAUCAAUGCCUUUCCUUCCUAAUUAUAUAUGUAGCAGAAACCUGUGUGUAGAUUUUAUGUUUUUUAGAGGGAUAAUUCAUUCUCUUGUAAAAUACAUCAGUUUGCAGAAUGGACUCUGGCAUCAUAUUUACCUGUGAUGGUACUUUAAGUGCAACUGUGGGUUUCAGUGCUCCAGUGACAGUGACCUUGUCUUCAGCCUCUUAGGUACACAGCCCACCUGAGUCCUGGACACACCUUCCCUUCCAGCUCACACUGUAAAUCACCAUUUUUUUCACCCCUUGCAAUCCACCUUCCUUUGCCCUCAGACUCAGUGUUUUUUCACUUCAGAGCACAGUUCUAAGAGGGGGUUUAUGUAAAUAACCAGUUAGGUUUCUGCUCAGUAUCUCCUUAGUACAUGCCUUGCUGGGAUAUUGCCAUUUUCAUAUUGCAAGGGGUCGCACAGAAUGUGAGAACUAAUAUGUGCUUUGAGUUAACUUUUACCUGUAUUCUGGAGGGAGAUUUUGCUAUUGAUCUAUGGUGCCUCUAAGUUGUUUUUCUAAACUUCUUGAAGGCUGAAACCACACAAGCUGAUUUCAAGUAUACAGGCAAAUAUUUUCAGUUUGGCUGUACUAUGCUUCAAUUGCUAAUUGUUCUAUAAUCACAGAUAUUAGCUGGGGCAGGAAUUUUCAUGAUCCUUUCCUGGCAGAGGAACCCAGUCACAUAAGGAAAAGUUCCAGCUUUGUGUUGUUAUGCAACUGCCUUGCAAAAGAGUGAGCAUCUGCUGAAAAACAGCUAUUGCCCUGGAAACAAAUUCCUGUCUCAGGCUCACAAGUUGGGCCUUGUGAAAUUUGAUUUCCAUUUGCAUAUUAUUUCAUGCAGGCUAUUAAGUGUUUCUUCAUGCUGUGGAAGAGUUGGAUGA